UACACAACCCCUUGCCUGCCUGAAUGCUAUGCUACACUCUGGGUCAAGGGGUAAGAACAGUGCUUUCUACAAGGUUGGUGGAUUGAUGGGAGUGUAUGGGUUAAAGACUGACCUGCCAAAGGAAGCUACAGCCAUGUUGGAGCUGCAGAGUGAAGAUGGAACUGAUGUGUUUCCGGUAGAGUCAUCUGAUGAUGAUAACGACGAUGAGACGGAUAGACCUUACGUUCCCAUCAAGAAAAGACCUGUUUGUGUUCUGCCAGAGAUGGGGCACUUUGCUAUUCCAUCUAUUGAGCGUUUCAAGCGCGACGGUGGAUUGGAGUUAGCCAGUGGUAGUGGCACAACCAACGGCCAAGCAGUCUCUCGGUUAGACACUGAUGAGUUAGAUGACGAUGAGGAUGACGCUAAUCAACAAAUCUUUAGGGUUCAAAGCCCAACAUUGUCAUCGUCGUCAUCGCAUCGACAUCGACGGAAGCAAACCAUCGUCCCCCGUAUCAUCCUCAAACCGCUGAAACCACCUGAUAGAGCCGAUGGGAGUUAUUUUCUACCAGAUCCUUCCCAAAGUAUCAACACAGAUGAAGUAGAUAGUGCCAAACCAAGUCCUGACGUUGAUCAUAGAAAUCAUAUGCUACCAAGAUCACAGACUAUUAGUGAGAUAUUAGCCUCCCUUCCAGGCUUCAGUGGAAAGCCACGGCGGAGGCACAAGAAAAACAAGAAGUAUGGCUCAUCACCUUUUCCAGACUUUAGGAGAAAGUCUCAAGUUGACCUAGAAACCCCCAACUCUGUUCUUGCCAAUGUAAAUUUAAAGAAUCUGAUUAACAAGCACACAUUUACCAGCCUUCCUGCUCAUCAUCAACACAAACUCCUCAAGAUGCUCCCUAACAACGAUAGACAUAAAGGACCUGAUAAUUGUCUGAGAUUGGGAGGUACGGCCCUGGAUAAUGAAUUCUUUGCGAGGGCGUGUACCAAGUGGCGUGAACGUCUUGCUAGCGGAGAAUUCACGCCCGAAUCACAAGCCAAGCUGAAGGCUGAGCUGGACAAGGAGAGGGCCAAGUUAGAUCCUUGGAAGACGAAGCACUUUGAACCAGUGUGGGGUCAGUCAUCCGUACCUGAACUUCAGUCCAAGUAUUCAAGUUCUUCAAAGGCUACGAAGACACCACCAAAGAUACAUAAAGCUUCAUCCUCCUCCACUUCAGUCUCGUCAUCGGCGUCUACAUCUGUGUCAAGUUCGACUAAAGCUUCUCCAACCAAGUCUCAGAAGCAUGUUGUUAAUCACAGAGUGCAAGAACCACCUGCAAAGAUCAUCCUCAAGAUCUCUGUACCUAAAGAUGGUGUUGCAGGAGGGGUGUCCAUCCUUAAGAAAUCGUCAAAGACUAUAAGUAAGGAGAGGAGUUCAAGCAGUAGCAGCAGUAGUGAAAUAAGUGGCAGCAGUUCAUCGUCGCAGAAAGCCAAAUCAUCUAUAUUGACAAGUAUCGGGACUGCAAGCCCUGCUCAGUAUUCAUGCAGCACAUUGCUUUCAACAAUGGCCGCUGCUAGUCAGAGGCAUCAGGCUGCAGCGGGAGGGACCAAGGUGGGUGAAGUCAAGAGAUCUGCGCAGCUGAUACCACCUGACCUGUCUGUCAAACGUCCAUCAGAUUCAGAAGAGUCACCCGAGAAGAGACAAAGAGUCGACUCUGAUGCUUCAUCAAGUGGUGUUUCUAAGACCAGGACUCUGGCUCAGAUCAAGAGCCAAGCUCAACUCAAACCGGUUCAGUCUCAAACGAGAACCCUGGCGCAGAUCAAAGCUCAGAUGGCCGCCAGGGCUCAUCAAGGACAAACGCGGACACUGGCGCAGAUUAAAGCACAAACUUCUGCCAAGGUACAUGCAAGGUUGGUGCCUGGGAAUGCGCAAGGUGCUGCAAGACCCUCAGUACACUCGCCAGCCAUCUUGGGUAGACCACGUGCCACGUCGCACAACUGGAUGAAUCUCAAAUCCAUUGUGCCUAGCAAUGCUACAUCCGUUACUGGAGGUGGUGCUAGGAUGCAUUUAGAAGGACUACAUGGUGAUUCUAAGAGUGGUUCUUCAAAUAAAGUCUUGACGGUCACAGUUUCAAAAUCCACCCCUGGCCAACCUGUGAUACAGACAGUCAAACCCAUCAUCAUAAAGACUCAGCCAGGUUUGAGUGUUGUCUUAGUCUCGCAAUCCAAUAUGAGUAUACUACCUAGCAAUGCUUCUAGAGUAGUCCAAGGAAAUAGUCAACAAUCCAGUCUAAAGACCACAAACUCUGUAGCAACACUUGUUUCAAGCAAAGUAAGCAAUAAUUCAAAGACAGUGGCGUAUAUAACACUACCAUCCAGCAAAGCUGUGGCCAGUGUCACCCCGCCCAGUACGGUCACAAGUGGUUCAUCGAAUGCAUCUCAAGGGAACCAGAGCUCUGCUCCAAGCGCUGGCAAGGUGACGCAAAUAUCAUCUGCAAGCUCUGAAAACAGGACUGUCAAUCUAGUACAUGGGAAAGUGAGCAUAGCGAAUGGUGCCAUUCACACGUCCACCGUUCAGCUUCCUGGCAAGGAUGCUGGGUCGACGCACAGUCAACCCACAGUGGCCAAGGUGGUCCCACUUUCCAACAACAACUCAUCUAUUCAGAACGCUGUCUGUUCCUGUCAGAGUUCUGUAGUCAUGUCCAGUCCAAUUACGAGUAAGAGCAGUCUGCUGCCCUCUGGUGGCAAGGAUAGUCCAGAAGGCACCGCUACUACUCUGGCAGGUAAAUGCAACUGUCGUUUGAAAGCUAUGGUUAUGUGUAAAGGUUGUGGAGCAUUCUGUCAUAAUGACUGUAUAGGUCCUUCUAAUCUAUGUGUUUCCUGUCUAAUAAGGUAAUAUGAUAGGUACCGUAUUUAUAUAUAUUAGCCCAUAUUCUGAACUCCAGAUUAACUUAAAACCGUGAUCUAAAGUUGUGGUUUGACUAUGGGUAGCCAAACGUGACACCAAUGUUUAUGGUUAGGUGAUCAAUUUAUCAUCAAUUUUUGCAAUCAAAUCAUUAAACAAAAUUUUUGAAAUGAUAAAUACAAUUGAUUUCUUUAUCAUCAAACCAUGGGAAGAAUCCCAGUAAAUGGAAUAAGCAUUUCAGUGUAAACAUAUGUGGGUGUUUCAUAAAGCUGUUCGUAAGUUAAGAGCGACUGGUGAUCCUUUCUUGUGGUAAAUGGUAUGCACCUAAAUGUUCAUUAACAAUGGUUCAGCGCGUAAGAAAGGUUUACCAGUCGUUCUUAAAGUCACUCUUAACUUAAUACGAACAUUUUUAUGAAACGACUUACUGGAUACUUUUAUUAGCUUCCCAUAAUUUUAGCCCUGACUUAAACCAUGAUUGAGUGAGCUGGGGUUCAAAAUACAGGCCAUUAUGUCUAGUAAUUUGAGCAAUCUGUAUACUUUGCAUUUGUCUUUUCACACAUAGACUAAGCCUUAGUUCUGAGUUUUCAGGAAAAUCAGGGUUGGGUGGUAGCAACAUGCCUUGGUAUUAAAAACUAGAUACAUGUACAUGUAUUCUGUCUGGAUCUUUGUUUGAUAUUUUUCCAUUGAAAAAUUUGACUUCUCCCCCUCUCCCCAGUAUCAAUCAUUGUUCCCAAUCCAAAAAUUGUCAGUUUGAAUAAUCAUUAUCCAGAUAUCACAUGCAUUUUAUUUAAUUUACAUAGUAUGAUGAUUUUUAAAAGAAAGUAUGUUUUUUUAGUUUGUCCAAGUUAUGAGCUGUAAUUAUUACAGAGAAUCAAUUUCAGAUGAAUUCCAUGUACUAUACUUGAUGAUUUAAAAAAAACUCAAUUUCAGUUUGUCCCAAGGUAUAAGCUGUAAUUAUUGCAGAAAAUCAAUGUCAGAUGAAUUCUAUUUUAUGAUUUAAAAGGAAUAAGCUGUAAUUAUGGCAGGGAAUUACUACAUGUACUUCUAAUUAACUCAUUACUUUCGCUAGUUCAAAAUCAGCGUCAGAAAAUAAGAAAUCUCACUUAUGUCUAUUGCCAUUAGUGCAUAUGAAAAUGAAACAGAUGUUACAAAUACUGUACAUGUAUGCUGACUAUAUCAUUGUGAAAAUUCCUGUAUGCUGGUGUUGGUUCAAUUUAUCGUCUAAUUUUGACACUCGAAUCAUUCGUAAAUCUCUUUGAAUGAUGACCAAAAUAGUUUCCUUCACCACUGAAGCAUGAGGAAGUGCACACUAAACAUGAGAAACAUACAAUUUAGACAAAAUGUUGAUAUUUGUGGCUUGUCAUAAGUAUAGAGAAGAGUUGGACCAUGGUCUAAACUCAAAUUGGGUUUCAGGAUAAUGGGCCAAAUUUUGCUGCAGGUGUUUAUAUUCAAUCCUUUAAUAUCAUCUUGACUUAAGUCCCUCCAUAAUUGUCUUUUUUUUUUAGAAACAGGAUGUCAGGCACAGUAUUUUCUUUUUAUUUCCUCUUAUUUUUAUACAAGGAAAACAGCAAUUUGUAAAUGGUAAUCAUGUGUGGAAUUUGAAAUGUUUGGAAAAUGAAACAAAUGUUUUCAUUUAUUUUGUCUACGCUAUGUCAUACUAGUAAUACAUGUUUUUUAAAUGUAUGUCUUUUGAUUAUUUAAAUAUUGUUUUUUUUUUAAAUGUAAAAUCAGUAUAGAGCCCCAUGUGACACAUUUUCAUCAAUUCAAAUGUAAUGGAAAAUAUCACUUCUGGUAAUGUGAAAGAGCUUUUGCAAAUUAAAUAUAUCACUUUCCAUAUGAUUUAAAUGCUUAUUUCAUUAUAAAGCUCUCAACUUAUCAAUUUCUAUUUCAUUUAAAAUCUUAUUUAAUGAAAACCCUGCCGUGAAGAGAAUAUCAAAUCUAUGAAUUUCUAUGUAAUAUACAUGUAUAUGAACUGUGUGUGUUCAGUUUUGCAGGCUUGAAGCACAUCAAAUUGAUUUUCAAUAGAGCAGUGGUGCAAUGAUCAUAGAAUUUUGAGGGGGCCAGAUAUGGCGUAUCACACAAAAUUUAUAAGAAGUUGUUCAUGAGCGAAGCAAGCGAGCAAAAAUUUUGACAUUUUUAUUACAAAAACCCAAUUUGGCGGUAGAUUUUGACAUAAUUAAUAUUCAGAAAAUAAUAUAAUACAUGUAUAUCAUCCUUCUCUCUUUCCUUAUCUUUUUUUUCUUGGUUGUGAAAAAUUUAGGGGGCAAGAGCCCCCCCCCCCCCAUCUGUAUGCCACUGAAUUAGAGGGACUUGUUCAUGACCUCUUUGUAAAGUUACAAGAUUUCAUGAACAAUGAAAGUAUGAAGUGUAAAAUAAAAAACCCAAAUUUCCUCAGAUAUUUCAACAAAGUUUACUUCUAAUCAUCCAAAAAUGAACAAAGACUAUUACUAUUAUUUAGGUCAUGAUGAAUUAGGAAUUGAUGAAAAUAAAUUAAAGUGGUAAUGUGGAUCUACUUUGAUUUCAAAAUUCGACUCGUUUAAUUGAAAAUGUACUGGGAGUCUGGCUUGUCAUUUUGAAGUCAUUUGUAACAUUGCAAACAGCUUUAUAAAAGAUCCUCUGGUAUUUUGAAAGUAGAUUUACAAGAAUUCAACUGUCAUCAAAUAUAACCACAUGCCAUUUUAGAGAGUAAAUUAUUUGUAAUUGAAUGAUAAAAUCACUGUGGUAUGAAUAUAUGUAAGUCUUGGCUUGAAAAUGCGCUAAUCUUGAUUAUCAGGGGUGGGGGCGAUGUUUCACAAAGAUUUAAGUGUGACUAAGAGUCAGACUAAAAUGCUUAUGUGCACAUGAUAUGUAACACACAAUCCUAUUGAUUAAAAGGCAGUAGUGCACAUCUUUUUAGUAUGAUUUGACCAAUGCGGUAAUGCCUUUCAUAUCGCACACAACUGAAUAAAAAGUUUGACUCUGAGUCACACUUUAAAAAGGGGAAGUUCACCUAGACAAAAUGUUUAUUGUAAAAAUAGCAGAAAAAUUAGUAAAAAUUAUUGCCGAAGGCGUGAGAAAAAUCCAUAAAAGAAUUGAAAAUUAUUUGAUUUGUGACGUCAUAUGCGAGCAGCUUUCCUACAUAUCCUACGGUAAAAAAAAUCAAUGAAAUGUCAUCUUCUCGGAAAUUGAAAAUGGUUUUUACUGCUCCUUCAGUAUAUCAAUAAACAAAUCAUUUCACACUCGUUCCUAAAAAGAAAACAAAAAUAAGUCAUCACGACCCAUUGAAAAAUUGAAAUUUAUGCAUUUUAUACAUGUAUUACACAACAUAGGGCCAGCUGCUCGUUUAUGUCACAAAUCCAAAACUUUAAAUUCUAACAAAUUUCUUAAUCUUUAAUGGAUUUCCCUCAACCUCCACCAAUAUUUUAAAAUUAUUUUUUCUUCUAUUUUUACAACAAACUUUUCUUCAGGGUUUUCUUCCCCUUAAAAGUUCAACUAUGUGUCUCACUUAACUCUUUCUGAAACAUCUUCAAGGUAAUGCCACAUAGAUCCUCCUUGUAAUUAGCAUCAUAAAUGUCGUGGUCUAGUGGUUUAGACUCUUGUCUUUCAAUCUGAAGAACAUGGGUUCGAUUCCAAGCCUUCGGGUGUUUUCCUUUAGCAAGAAAUUCAUCCACAUUGUGCUGCUCUCAACCCAGUUGAGGUAAAUGGGUACUGGCAGGAAGUAAUUCCUCAAAAAGCUGUGCGCACUGGAAUCGGUAGCUUAGCCGGGGUAAUAUAGGAGCGCCUUGAGAACCUAGCAAGGUGGAUACGUGCGCUAUACAAAUCCUAUAUUAUUAUAUCCAGAAUUUGAAGUCAUUUGCACAGGUUCGUAAUAUGAAUACACAAAAACAUCCUUUUUUAACUUUUGCAUUGAUUAUAAAUACCUAUACGUAUUUGGAAAGCAUUUUUUCUCGAAUUCAAUAGAUAAUACACAUUUCCAAGUACACGCAUGGCCCGUUUCAUGAAACUUAUUUUAUGACAAAUUUGCAAUCACAGUUUAAGAGCUACUAAGAUCAUAUGAUUUGAUUGGCUAGUAGUAAACUUAUAACAAGUCCUCAUGAAAUGGUACCCUGAAUAGUUAAUGGAAGUAUAAAGAUGAUAUUAUGUUUUACUUGGCAGUUUCUUUUGUUUUAGAAGAAUUGUCAAAACCAUAUAUGAAUUAAAUAUCGUAUUUAGGUUUUUUUUUUUUAAAUUGACAAGGUUUCAGGUAUGUGGGGAUAUGGCAGUCAUUAUUUGCAUAGAUUUUUAUAGUACUAAUGAAUUGGAAGUUUAUUGCAGUUGGAAUACUGUAUGGAUUCUGAUUGCUCAUGCAAUUGGAUGUGUAUGUGCAGAAUAGCUAUGAUUGAUCAAUAACUUGUAGAUUUAAAAGAUGAUAUGAAUUUUUGUCAAUAUUGUGAUAUUUUGUAAAUGAUAAAAAGAAGUAUAACAGUAAUAUAUUGUCAUUUCUAUUUCUGGUUCCUUCCUGAAUGUUGUUUGUUUUUUCCUUGGUGAAAAUAUUUGCAUUUAUUGAAUAAUUGCAUUUAUUGUAGAAUUUAAUGCAAAGUUUGUGAUAUUGAUUGUACAUACAAUGGAAGUAUGCAGAACAUCUCAUUUCACCCGUUUCUGUGAUUCAAAUAAAAUAAGCAACAUGCUCUGCAUAAGAA